AUGGGCGGCGAACGCAAGAUUAAGUCCGUUGCCAUCAUUGGGGCUGGUGCUGCAGGCGCUGUUACUGCUGCCGCGUUCAAGGCUGAGAACUACUUCGAGAGGAUUCAGGUCUUCGAACGGCGAGAGUCUGCUGGCGGAACAUGGUAUUCUGUCUUGAUACAAGUCCGCGAAAGCCAAUGA